UCUUUCGAUUGCCGGAAAAAAAACGCGGAGGAGCGUUGUAUAGACGCGUCUUCGAUCCAACUGUUUAUAAAUAAGAGACUCUGAAGUCCGAUCACCACACUCGCUCUCUCUCUGAAUCAGAUCUAAUUCAAACUUGGGAAUUUCCUUCCUUCGUUUGAAUCUGAAUCUGAAUCUGAAUCUGAUUCAAGAUGGCAUCGACUACUCCUCGCCCCGUCGGGCUCCGAUUCCAUCCCAGAUAGGAUGAAUUGAUUGCUUACUACUUGCAUAAUCGAAUUGUCUUGGGAGAUCAGUUUCGAUCGGAAUUUGUGUUUGAUUGCCCCGAUAUCUAUGGGAAGGAGCCCUGGGUCACUUGGACCAUGUGGGGUGGGGAUCUCAAAGAGCCCGGAGAGCCUCUCUAUGUCUUCACUCAUCGGAGAUCCAAACACUUCGACAGAAAGGUCGGUUCCGGGACAUGGAGUUCCCAGAAUCUAGACCGAGUCGCUGCUCCUGCCCAUCCUGAUGUCGUUCUCGGAUUCAAAAGAGAAUUCCGGUAUAUCAAGGGUUCCGAUUCUGUCCAAAAUGGGGCUUGGUUGAUGACCGAGUACGAAAUCACAUCCCACAGUGAUCUUCUACUCUGUGCCCUCAGAAGAAGCCCUAGAGCAACUGAAGACACUGCUCCUCCUCCGAAGCAAAAGAAGAAGAGCAACAAAAGAAAGAAGAAUGAGGAGGAGGCUGUGAACACUUUGAAAACGCAAGAAUCAGAACCCUCUACCUCUACCUCUUCCUUGGAUGUUGAGCAGCUUGAUCAUCUGGUUCAUGAUUCUCUAACUGUUAGGAAAAUGUGCAAAUGAUCGGAAACACGUCAAGAAGAGUGGAUUUAGCGCACAUUAUGGAUUCAGGUGAAAGUUUCAAGCCAAAAAGAGCAAAUGUGGAAAUUUCAUAAGAAAAGAAAAGUCAACGCCGGAAAAUGCCGGUUAAACUCCGGCGAUGAGAAGGUGGUUGCCGGAAAUGGUGAUGGUUAAAGUCAAUAAGACAAUGAAGCAUAUUGGUGAAUUAUGAAUUGUAAAUUUUAAUUUACAAUUUAAAUUCAAAAUAGAAGAAGACAAAUGAAGGAGACAAUUUCAAGAACAAGAUCCUCAAUUUGUGCUCCAUGAAUUGGGGAUUUAAAUUUAAAAUAGAAGAAGACAAAUGAAGGGGACCAUUUCAAGAACAAGAUCCACAAUUUGUGCUUCUACAUUUGUCCACCAUAUCUAACCAAUCAUCCCCUUACAUCUCCACCAUUCAUUUGUGACCUUAAGGCCUUUAAAUACCCUCAUUCUUCACAAAUUCGUGCAUUCUCCUUCACCACACUAAAACUCCAUCAAAACUUCAUAUUUUCCAUAGUUUUAACAUAGUUUUCUUAGGCCUAAGUCAUAGAUAUCAAGUUGUGCAAAGAAAAGUGUAAAGUGUCUUGAGUUUUCACCAAAAACUAAAGAUCUUUUACACCCUUGAUCAAUCACAAACUUGUUUCAUAGAUUUGGGUCACUUCACUCUCUUUAUCCUCUACUCAUACUCUUUCUCAACCCUUGUUCUUUGUUCCUAGAUUGUGUGGAUAAAGUAUGGUGUUCAUGGAGUUCUUCUUUUGUUAGAACCCAUUAAUACCAUACUUAGAAGCAUUUUCUUCCUUAUUACAUCUUUGUGGGUAGUAAACCUUUAGAGGUACGGUUUGGUAUCAUUUGUACCAAACCCUUGGUAAUCUCUUUUCUCUUUACUCUACUUCUCUUUUGAUGUAUUUCAUUUUCAAGGGUGUUAUAUUUAAUGGGUUGUGAGUAGUUGGAUUUGAGGCUAGGCUAGCCCUAGCCAAACUCA